AUGUCUCACAUCGCCAUCCACAAAGAGAAUGGUGGCACCGACCGUAAGAUCACCAACUUGAACUCCUACGAUAUUGAUGUGGCGGCACAGCUGGCUGCUGGGAUCGACGUUCCUCUAGAUCCUGCGAAGGCAAACCGAGUCAAGCGGAAGAUCGAUCUCCACAUCCUCCCGCUCAUGUGCCUAAUUUACUUAAUACAGUUUGCAGACAAAAUCACCCUCGGACAGUCUGCGGUCUUAGGUAUCCUGAAAGACGCGCACCUUGAACAAAACCAAUUUGACUGGCUCAGCACCGUCUUCUACCUCUCGUUCCUCGCCUUUCAGCUCCCGCAAAGCUACGCGCUCCAGCGGUUCCCUGUCGGCAAGUGGGUCAGCGUGAACAUCCUCGUCUGGUCCAUCGCGCUCCUCUGCCACGCCGCCGCGAAGAGCUUCCGUACCCUCCUUGUGUGCCGCUUCUUUUUGGGCAUCGCGGAGGGCGCGAUCACGCCAGGCUUCAUGAUCGUCACGUCGAUGUUCUAUACGCGCGCGGAGCAGAUGAGGCGGGUGGGGUAUUGGUUCUUGAUGAACGGCACGGCGAUCAUCUUGCUUGGCCUUGUCGCGUACGGGACGCUGCACAUCUCGCACGGCGCACUUGAUCCCUGGCAAUGGCUGAUGAUAAUCACGGGGCUGAUCACGUUCGUCGCCGCGAUCCUCUUCUGGUUCUUCUUCCCCGACUCGCCCGCGACGGCGCGCUUCCUGACGCAACCGGAGAAGACUGUCGCCAUCGAGCGCAUCAAGGCGAAUCAGGCAGGCGUCGAGAACAAGCACUUCAAGCGCGAGCAGGUCGUCGAGGUGUUCAAGGACCCGAAGACGUACCUCUUCUUCUUCUUCGCGGCCAUCUCGAAUGUCACGAACUCGCUGAGCAACCAGCGCCAGAUCAUCGUCGCGGAGUUCGGGUUCUCCGCGAUCGACACGACGCUGCUUGGGUGUGUGGACGGCCUCUUUGAGAUCAUUUGGAUCUUCGUCGGCACGAUGGGCGCGUCGUACUGGCCGCACGGGCGCGCGUACAUGUGUGCGCUGCACUACCUCGUCGCGAUUUUCGGCGCGAUCCUUGUCACGACUCUGCCGUGGUCGGACAAGGUGGGCUUGUUGUUCUCGUAUUGGAUUGCAAUCAGCUACAUCGCGCCCUUCGUGAUCUUCCUAUCCUGGGUCGGCAACGUCACUGCGGGGCACACCAAGCGCGUGACAACGAAUGCGAUCGUCAUGGUUGGGUACGCCAUAGGGAACACCGUCGGGCCGCAGUACUGGCAGCUGCGGUACGACCCGCGCAACCGUGUCCCAUGGGCAAUCCUCGCAGCAUGCUGGGCUGCGUCCAUGCUCAUCCUCCUCGCGGCGCGCUUCUACCUCGCGCGCGAGAACUGGAGGCGAGAGCGCGAGCUGAGGGACACGGCGUAUGAUGAGGCGUACGUUGUGGACGAGAAGGGCGAGGAGAAGAGGGUGGACAGAGCAUUCUUGGAUCUUACCGACAUACAAAACCGGGAAUUCAGAUACACGCUGUAG